AUGGCUCUUCUUCCCCCGGCUAUAGUCGAUACCCACGCCGUGACUGGCCCCGGUCCCACGGAUCAGCCUGGCAUCAUUCACGAUGACGUCGAUGAUAAGGGCGAGCUCUCUGGUUCAGACAAGGACGGAGGGCUCGACAACCUCAACUACAACCAGUCUGUUGAUUCUGUCGAGCUCAAGCUUUACGAACCCCCAGACACAUACGAGUCCAAGCACCGAUGGGAUCCUCGUGCACAGUGGACUCCCGAGGAGCAGCAAAAGGUCAGAAGAAGACUCGAUAUCCGAGUGGCUGGGUUCGCCUGCUUGUGCUUCAUGGCUCUCCAGCUGGACAGAGGAAAUAUCUCCAACGCCCUCUCCGAUGGGAUGCUUACGGAUCUCAAAAUGAGCACUGCCGACUACAACACCGGCAUGACCAUCUUCUACUGUUGCUUCCUCUUUGCCGAGCUCCCUUCUCAAAUGCUCUCUAAGAAGCUCGGAAGUGAUGUCUGGAUCCCUAUCCAGAUGAUGACUUGGUCCGCCGUUGCCAUCGCCCAGAUGGGUCUUCAAGGCAAGCAAUCCUUCUACGCUACCCGUGCUCUCCUCGGUCUCCUCGAAGGCGGCUUUAUCGCCGACACCGUCCUCUUCCUCUCCUACUGGUACACUGCCGCCGAGCUCACCAUCCGUCUCUCCUGGUUCUGGGUCUCCCUCACAACAACCAGCAUCAUCGGUUCCUUUCUCGCUGCCGGCUUGCUAGAGAUGCGCGGUAUUCACGGCCUUGCCGGGUGGAGAUGGCUUUUUAUGAUUGAAGGUGUGCUCACCUUCCUCAUUGGUUUCUGGGCUUUCUGGUACUUGCCAGCGAGCCCGACGCAGACGAAGAAGUGGUGGAGGCCCAAGGGCUGGUUCACCGAGAGGGAAGAGAUCAUUAUCGUCAACAAGGUGCUCCGAGACGACCCUACCAAGUCGGACAUGCACAACCGAGAAGGUCUGUCUAUCAAUCAGCUUUGGUACUCUCUUUCAGACUAUGACAUGUGGCCUAUCUACCUCAUCGGUCUCGUGGCUUUCAUCAUUCCUUCCACUGUCAACGCUUACUUCACUCUUACCUUGAGAUCUCUCAAAUUCACUACCUUCCAAACCAACAUGCUCACCAUCCCCUCCAACAUUCUGUUUAUCAUCAUGAACCUCUCCCUCGCCUUCACCUCCAAGAGGCUCAAGGAACGUCUCUUGACAUCCUCCAUCCAGCCUAUUUGGCACCUCAUCUUCUUGAUUGCGCUCGUGACUUUGCCGGACUCCGCCAAUCGAUGGGCGAGAUGGGCGGUCAUCAGUCUGACAAUGUCUUAUCCCUACUGUCACCCCAUCAUGGUCUCCAUGAACAGCAUGAACGCCGGCUCCGUCCGAACUCGAACCGUCUCAAGUUCAAUCUACAAUAUGUUUGUCCAAGCCGCCUCCCUGGUCGCAUCCAACAUCUACCAUCCAUCCGACGCGCCCUACUACCACAAGGGUAACAAGGUCCUUAUCGGCCUGACGGUGCUGUCCAUUGCCUUGUUUGUAUUCGCAAAGCUUUGGUAUGUGUUUAGGAACAAGCAGAGGGCGAAGAUCUGGGAUACGUGGACAAUCGCGGAGAAGGCAGAGUAUCUCGCGACGACGAGCCAGAAGGGGAACAAGAGGUUGGACUUUAGGUUCCAGCAUUAG